AUGUUCUCCUUCUCCAAAAUCGUCACUGUCCUAUUCUUCGCCCUCGUCUUGUCUUCUGUAUCAGUAUCUGCUGGACUCAUCCGUCAACGCCGUCAAAGUCCGAGCUACUGGAAUUCCAAUGGAGUCGUCAACAAUGUGGUAACUGACAACAUGGUCGGCGGACCAACAUCUCUCGGAUGGGCUCAAGUUCCACAUCAUCUCAGCCCAAUGUUCUCGCCAGUGUUUGGAGGAAGAUAA